CCUCGCUGCUCCUUUGACAAUAUACACAGUGUCUUGUACCGCCCCCGGACUCCCCGUUACCGCUCAGCAGCAGCGUCAUCGUGAACUGCCAGCACCGCCCUACAUAGCCCUCACUCUACGUAACGCCGCCACCAAUCGCCAUUUCUCCAGCACGUCGCCUUUCCCCGCCACUACUCCGCGAAGCUUGCAGAAACCCGAACAACAAUUGGAACGCAACGUGCCUGUGUACCUAAUCGAGCCAUAAUAUUUGACGAUAGCCCUGCCAGGGCAAGAGUCUUGCGCCCGCCAAGAUGAGCAUCGGCGGGAGCGAUCUUGACCAGGCAAUUCUCCAACUUCGUGCAUGCCGACCAAUACCAGAGAGCCAAGUCCGGGAGCUCUGUUACAAGGCGAGGGAGCUGCUGAUCGAGGAAGGGAACGUUGUGGGAGUGGAUGCGCCCGUGACGAUAUGCGGUGAUAUCCAUGGGCAGUUCCACGAUCUCAUGGAGCUGUUCCGAGUCGGCGGGGAUGUUCCUGACACGAACUACCUUUUCAUGGGUGACUUUGUGGAUCGGGGCUUCUAUUCUCUCGAAAGUUUCCUUCUCCUUCUUUGCCUCAAAGUGCGGUAUCCAGACCGGAUAACUCUCAUUCGCGGAAACCAUGAAUCAAGACAGAUUACGACAGUGUACGGCUUCUACGAUGAAUGCUUGCGGAAAUACGGGAGCGCGAAUGUUUGGAGAUACUGCUGCGAAGUCUUCGACUACCUCGCCCUGGGCGCCCUCGUCUCCGGCGCCGCCACCACCCUCGAACCCUCCGACGCUCCCUUCGCCGACCUAAACUCCCAAGCCAGCAUGCCCGGUCUAGACCAAGAAAUCGAAAUCGAAACCCUCAACGCCAGCGGCGAAGUCAUGUUCCGCUUCGCGCGCAACAGCGAGCAAUCAUCGUCCGCCGCCGAACCUAGCCAAAACCCCUCCAGCUCUCCCCUCCCUACCCCCGCACGCACCGGCGCUCCGGGUACAGGCGCCUCAAGUUCCUCCUACGGCUCCAUGGGCUCCUCCACCGGCGCCGUGCUCUGCGUGCACGGCGGCCUCUCCCCCCUGAUCGACACCAUCGACAAAAUCCGCCUGCUCGACCGCAAACAAGAAGUCCCCCACGAAGGCGCCAUGUGCGACCUGCUAUGGUCAGACCCCGACGAGAUCGACGGCUGGGGCCUCUCCCCCCGCGGCGCAGGCUUCCUCUUCGGCGCCGACAUCGUCAAGUGCUUCAACUACAAGAACGACCUCUCCCUCAUCGCCCGCGCCCACCAGCUCGUCAUGGAGGGCUUCAAGGAGAUGUUCGACAGCACGAUCGUGACGGUGUGGAGCGCGCCGAACUACUGCUACCGGUGCGGGAAUGUGGCGGCGAUACUGGAGCUGGGCGAGGAUGGGGGGAACGGCGGGUUCGUGAGCAGGGCGAAUGGGGAUGUGAAUAGGGCACAGGUGCUUGGGGAGAAGGUGCAGGGGCGGGAGGGCCCUGGCAGGCGGUAUAGGGUGUUUGAUGCGGCGCCGCAGGACUCGAGGGGGAUGCCGGCGAAGAAGCCGGUUGCUGACUACUUUUUGUGAGUUCAGGGGGGAAUGGUGGGGUGGUAUAGGUGGGGCGUUGGGUUGGAUUUGGGGAGUUCACGAAUACCCGUAAUGCAAAAGCAUUUGGACAUCAGGUCGCCUCUUGACUGGUCGGCUACCAGCUAGCUGAGCUACAUCUGAUGGUGAUGUUGAGUGAGCAAGAGUAAAACUCAAGCACUACUAUAUCCGGGGUACAGACUUACGGUCUAGCACUGUAUGAGAUGUCAGUAGAAGGGAUAGUUUUUACAAUUAGAAGAUUUACGUGCGACAGCGUAUAGUAUCCUGCACAAACAGAGAAGAGCAUUGACUCAACCGUAGUUAAUUCUAUAUAGAACAAUGGG